UCCCUCGCCUCUCCCUCAGCCUGCCCACUGGCUCCUUCGCGGCGAGCUCCUUCCACCGCCGCCCGCACGGGGCGCUGUCCCACUCGCUGAGCGGCAGCGCUCAGGAGGCGCGGCUUCCGGCCUCUCCUCCUGCUGCUGCGCCUCCUCCUCGGCGCCCCUCACAGCAGCAGCAGCAGCAGCAGCGGCGGCCGCGGGUCGGGCCUGGGAUGCCAAGAUGGCGUCGGCGGCGUCGGUGUCGGUCUUCCCCGGCGUGCGGCUCCUGACCAUCGGCGACGCCAACGGCGAGAUCCAGCGGCACCAGGAGCAGCAGGCGCUCCGCCUCGAGGCCCGCACCGGGCCCGACGCCGCCUGCCUCGCCCUCUAUAGCCAAGAUGAUGUUUGCGUGUUCAAGUGUUCUGUGUCGAAGGAGACGGAAUGCAGUCGAGUGGGCAAGCAGUCUUUCAUUAUUACACUGGGGUGUAAUAGCGUCCUUAUACAGUUCGCAACGCCAAGUGACUUCUGCUCAUUUUAUAAUAUCUUGAAAAACUGUCGGGGCCACAACAUUGAGCAGUCUGUGUUCAGUGAGCGUACAGAGGAGUCUUCUGCUGUGCAGUACUUUCAGUUUUAUGGAUACUUAUCUCAGCAGCAAAAUAUGAUGCAGGAUUAUGUCAGAACAGGCACGUACCAGCGAGCAAUCCUGCAGAACCACAGUGACUUUAAAGACAAGAUUGUAUUAGAUGUUGGCUGUGGUUCUGGCAUCCUGUCGUUUUUCGCAGCACAGGCCGGAGCAAGAAAAAUCUAUGCAGUGGAAGCCAGUACAAUGGCUCAACAUGCAGAGGUUUUAGUAAAGAGUAAUAACCUCACUGACCGGAUCGUGGUCAUUCCUGGGAAGGUAGAGGAGGUCUCCCUUCCAGAACAGGUGGACAUCAUUAUUUCUGAGCCAAUGGGGUACAUGCUUUUCAAUGAACGUAUGCUGGAGAGCUAUCUGCAUGCCAAGAAGUAUUUAAAGCCCAGUGGAAAUAUGUUUCCAACCAUUGGGGAUGUCCACUUAGCACCAUUCACAGAUGAGCAGCUCUACAUGGAACAAUUCACAAAAGCUAACUUUUGGUAUCAGCCAUCCUUCCAUGGGGUAGACUUGUCAGCACUUCGGGGUGCAGCAGUAGAUGAAUAUUUCAGGCAACCAGUUGUGGACACCUUUGAUAUCAGGAUUCUAAUGGCCAAAUCUGUUAAAUACACAGUGAACUUCUUAGACGCCAAAGAAGCGGAUUUGCACAGGAUAGAAAUCCCGUUCAAAUUCCACAUGCUGCAUUCAGGUCUAGUCCAUGGGUUGGCUUUCUGGUUUGAUGUAGCCUUCAUCGGUUCAAUAAUGACCGUUUGGCUUUCAACCGCUCCGACAGAGCCUCUAACCCACUGGUACCAAGUUCGGUGCCUCUUUCAGUCUCCACUUUUUGCUAAGGCUGGUGACACCCUCUCAGGGACAUGCCUGCUCAUCGCAAACAAGAGGCAAAGUUACGACAUCAGUAUUGUUGCUCAAGUUGAUCAGACAGGCUCCAAGUCCAGCAACCUCCUUGACCUGAAAAACCCAUUUUUCAGGUACACAGGUACAACUCCUUCACCCCCGCCAGGCUCGCACUACACCUCUCCUUCAGAGAACAUGUGGAACACAGGUGGCGCCUACAACAUGAGCACAGGGAUGGCUGUUGCUGGGAUGCCCACAGCCUAUGAUCUCAGCAGCGUGAUUGCUGGUGGCACCAAUGUUGGCCACAACAACCUUAUUCCUCUAGCCAACACUGGGAUUGUCAAUCACACCCAUUCCCGGAUGGGAUCCAUCAUGAGUACAGGGAUUGUUCAAGGUUCAUCUAGUGGUCAGAGUGGAGGAACAUCAAGUGCUCACUAUCCUGUCAACAGCCAGUUCACUAUGGGAGGCCCGGCCAUUUCCAUGGCAUCUCCCAUGUCCAUCACAACCAACACAAUGCAUUAUGGGAGCUAAGAGACCCUCACCCCUGAUCCUCUGAACUGACAGCACCAGGAAACCAAAUGAAGAAGAAAAAAUUCCGCCCUGCCCACCUGCCUUCUGCACCUCAGUUUGGCAAUUGCUUCUCUGGAUUUCUUCCACCCCCUGCCUUCCCCCCCACCCCCCCCAAAAAAAUUAGGCUUGCCAGAGAUGUUCUGACCCUUGUACAAUAGAAGACACCCCCCCACUCGUUCUUUGAUAGCAGACUUGUACACUUUUUUAUGAAAUGUUGGAAACUUCAACUUGCUCAACCAUGACUGAGUUCCUGCGCUCACUGUGUCUUACAACCAAUCAUGUCGCUAGUGGUAUCAUUCUUCAAAUCUUCCAUGACUGAUCAGCAUUAGGCACAGGUUGUAGAGCAAAGCUGCAACAGGGCUUCUCAGCAGCACUGUGGACAGCCCAGCGGCAGCGCUAGUAACCUGAGCCUUCUUCCUUGCUCCCAGUGUUUUGAACGAAGGGGCUGCAGCUGGCUGUAGAGUGGACACAGGCGAAAAUCCAGCUGCUGCUCAUCCUUCCAUCUGUGCGUUGGUUUCUUCCACCCAACCCAACCUCCGGGUUCAUUGCUUUGCUAAGACUUAGGAGGAGGAAGUGUUUCCUGCCGCGAGGGAAAAGAAAAGGCCGACAAGCCCUCCUGGCUGGCUUAAUGAGGAGUUCUGGCAACUUACUGCUGUAGAUCUUGGGCUUCCGGAAGAACAUCUGAGAUGAGAUGGACUGUUGUGCCACGAGUAUCUUAUCAGCCGGUCUGAUGAUUGCCUGUCUCGGGGGGGGGAAUCUCGAUGUAGCAUCAAAGGGUUAAAAAAAAUUUAAAACAUGAAUGUACCAAAAAGAAAAAAAAGGUUGCUGGCUGAAAGUGAA